AUUGUUGUCGAAAAUGGGGAAGGCCGGACUUUAUAAGAAGCAACUGUUCGUUGGGACAUGUAUUCUCGCACUUGUAUUGCUGAUACUGGAAUUGAUGCACUCGUACAUCAGUGCCUCCAUGACGUCAUACAGAUCUAGGGAAAGUCCCUCCUCCUUGCCCAUGAUGUCAACAUGGAAGAGGAUAUACCAGCACGGAAGUUCUUCAAAGGAUGAGUCUGAACCCUUCAUCGCAUGGGGAAACGAUGCUGAGAUGCAGGCGUGUAAACCUCGGAUAAACCUUGCCUUCGUGAAAACCCACAAAACCGGAAGUACCACACUGGCGACAAUAAUCAAUCGCUUCGGUUUCAGUCGUGGGCUCUCUUUUAUAUACAAUAAGAAAAACUCACAUGGCCAUUUUACAGAACUGAAGUUAGAAGCUGAACGACUGUUGCCUCCGCUGUGCGUCAUGGACGGGGAAUAUAGGAAGUACCGUGAUUACAAUUUGAUGACCGCUCACUUCAGGCUGCUUCCCAAUCUGAACAAUUUAAAGAGGCUGAUGUCACCCAAUUUCAAGAUUAUCACCAUUCUACGUGAACCACGUGCCCAGUUUGAAUCUGCCUUCUCUCACUUCGGCGCUGGGGGCAGCAUGGGCUUACAUCCUCUAGAAAGCAACAGCACGCUUGCAGAAGACCUGACGCGAUUCCUUACCAAUCCAACAUUCCAUUGGAAUCGCGCGUCGGGGUAUGCGCGCUGGUACACGCGGAACGGACAGCUAUUUGAUCUGGCGGAUACCCUCAACGUCGAUAAUCCGGACGCAGUGAGUCGGAUGGUCCGACAUCUAGAUCGUAUACUUGAUCUAGUCCUGAUCACCGAGCACUUUGAUGAAUCGCUGGUUCUUCUACGGAGACUAAUGUGCUGGGAUUUUAGAGAUAUUCUCUACGUCACACAGAACGCACGCGCGGAACAAUUCCGAUCCGAUUUGACGUGGGAGCAGGAAGCACGCCUGCGCAGUUGGAACAUGGCGGAUUCCAUACUCUAUGAUUACUUCAAUCGAUCGCUCUGGACGAAAAUUACUCGCUAUGGCCCUACAUUUCAACAAGAUCUUGCCCGGUUUCGCUGUCUCCUUCAGGAAUAUCAACAAACUUGUGCUAACGGAACUACCGUUCGAUCGAGAGGGAAGCGGGUGAAAGUGGUAGCAGCAAACAAUUUGUUAUUUUGCGAACGGCUAGUAGAUGAAAACUAUGAAACAGAAAAACUGAUAAUCGAAAGACAGAAAGGACUACAUUCAUGCUAA